AUCUAAAUACAGUAUUAAAUUAUUUGGAACUGCACUUUAAUAACAACCACUCUGCAACUCUUUCGGCAUUACGAAAUCGAUUUGGUCUUUUAACCAAUGAUUUGGUUAAUGAUAGCGUAGACGCUAUGAUGGCUGUUCUUUCUCUAAAUACCACUAGACGAUCACGAUCAUCGACUCCAACUCUACCAGAUAAUUUUUUUUUUGAAGAUAUGGAUGAUUGGUCAUAUUCGCCGCCCCGUCCGACUGAAGCAAGAGAUAACUAUGAAAGUGAGAUCCUCAAGGAUGGAUUGAACCUUCCUCAAGUUUAUUUUGAGGAUGGAAAAUUUCCAUCAGUUCCACGACGUGCUCAUGAUGUACCUGCAUCAUUUACUAAGCAUGGAAGAACUAUGUCGUCUAAGGAAAUAUGCAAUUAUUAUACUAUUAAUAAAGAGUUCCCGAGAUGGAUUAAUGACCUUUUUAGAGGUGAAAUGCAUGCAUUAUUUAUCCGAUGCAGAAAUCUCGACGAUCCUAAAACUAAUGGGAUAAUUAAAAAGUUCCUAAAAAUCUUGGUUCCGGAAAUAGGUGAACAAAAUUUUGAUGAUGCGGCACUAAAAUUUCGUUCUACCUUUAUUGAGUGGCGACAUUUUCUCGUUAAUAUUAACAUUCCUGCUAUUCGUGAAGAAUCUACUAUCUCUAAUAAUUUCGAAAAACUACUUACUGAUGUAGUGCGUGCUGGGAUAUGGGCAUUAAUUUCUUAUAAUCAAAAAGAUGCUCAAAUAAUAUUUUUUAACUUAAAUAAUGACUUGUACACAGUCAAUAUGACCAUUUUAACCCUUAGUGGUUGGAAUGUUGCAACGUCAAUUGAUUUAAGUCGGUACAACUUUACUGCUCAAAGGG